AGUAAGACACAUGCCAGAGGUUGCAGAGUCUGCUCCCUCCCUAGAUUCAUUCCAGUUGCUACAAGUAAACAGAUUUCCCCUUCCUUCCCUCUCUCCCUCCCAGGAUGAGGAGUUGCCCAGAGGAGGGUGUUUCACACUGAAACUGAUAGGGCCACUUCCGUGUUGUGACGUCAUAAACGGGGCGGUGCUAGGCCGAGAGCGGAAAUCGGCAGCAGGCGGAAGGAGUCAAGAUCAGAGUGGUGCUGGAAAAGCACAGCAGGUCAGGCAGCAUCCGAGGAGCAGGAGAAUCGACGUUUCGGGCAGGAGCCCUUCAUCAGGAAGUUUACCAGCAAAUCCACAACAGGAAGCGGCCAAUCACCUGUUCAGAGCGCAGGAAGGGAUUCAUCAAUUCUUCCAGCCUACAGAUGCACCAGCAGGUCCACACCAGGCACAGCCUGCUCUCAGUGCAGGAAGGGCUUCACCCCCUCCUCCCACCUGCAGUGGCACCAGUGUAUUCAUGUGUCAUCACAGGGGGAUUGAAGGAACAAGGGCCGAGUGCCAUUAUCGACUGGACUAUCAACCCAAUUCUGGGGACUCCUCGGGACACCUGGGUUUGAAUCCUGCCACAGCAGAUGGCGGAAUUGGAAUUCAGUCAGAAAUCUGGAGUUCAGAAUCUAAUGAUGAAAUCAUUUUCUGGGGAAAGAAAACCAUCUGAUUCACUCAUGUUCGAGUCUGUCUGUAACCCAAUCUUGAGUCAGAUUGGUUCUGUUUCCAAAGUAGG